AUGCAGUGGCCAAUGAUGUGGUAUCCAAGAAUGUGGUGGCAAACUAUCUGGUACCCAAGCAUGUGGUGGCCAACUAUGUGGUAUCCAAGCAUGUGGUGGCCAAGCAUCCAAUCAUACAGUGGCCAACUAUGUGGUAUCCAAGAAUGUGGUGGCAAACUAUCUGGUACCCAAGCAUGUGGUGGCCAACUAUGUGGUAUCCAAGCAUGUGGUGGCCAACUACAUGGUAUCCAAGCAUGUGGUGGCCAACUAUAUGGUAUCCAAGCAUGUGGUGGCCAACUAUGUGGUAUCCAAGCAUGUGGUGGCCAACUAUGUGGUAUCCAAAGCAUGUGGUGGCCAAGCAUCCAAUCAUGCAGUGGCCAACGAUGUGGUAUCCAAGAAUGUGGUGGCAAACUAUCUGAUACCCAGGCAUGUGGUGGCCAACUAUGUGGUAUCCAAGCAUGUGGUGGCCAACUAUAUGGUAUCCAAGCAUGUGGUGGCCAACUAUGUGGUAUCCAAAGCAUGUGGUGGCCAAGCAUCCAAUCAUGCAGUGGCCAACGAUGUGGUAUCCAAGAAUGUGGUGGCAAACUAUCUGAUACCCAGGCAUGUGGUGGCCAACUAUGUGGUAUCCAAGCAUGUGGUGGCCAACUAUAUGGUAUCCAAGCAUGUGGUGGCCAACUAUGUGGUAUCCAAGCAUGCGGUGGCCAACCAUGUAGUAUCCAAGCAUGCAGUGGCCAACUAUAUGGUAUCCAAGUAUGCAGUGGCCAACAAUGUAGUAUCAAAGCAUGCAGUGGCUAA